AGACGGCGGGAAGGCCUUUGAACUAGAUGAGUUCAUUGCACUUAAAAAACAGAAAAUAAAGCCGUAUUGCGCUACUUUCAUCACCAAUUAUAGGCAAUACUGAACGGCCUAUGUAUUUAAAUUAAUGGAAAUCGAAACAGCCCCAAUAGUAUUUGUGAGCAAAAGCUCAGUGGGUAAGUUUUCUUUGGAUUACUUUCUAGAGUUUCUUUAUCAGUAUACUAUACGCCAUUUAAUAAUCGAUGUCUUUAUUUAUUUCUUUUAUUUGUUAACUUUCAAGGUCAACAGUCUACUAAAAAUAAUAAUUCGGUAAUAACUGAAGAAGAUUUCUUAGAUGAGACAAGAUUUGAAAAGAGAGAUAUUCGAAUAGCUAGUGAUCCUGUUGGAUAUGGAUUUGUUAUUCGUGGUGACGGACCAUGCUAUGUCAAGGUCGUUGAUCCCACUGGGCCGGCUGCUUCUGCCGGUUUAAAGGAGGGACACUACAUAUACGCCGUAAAUUAUAAACCAGUGGUAAAAAUGCAUCAUAAAAAGUUGGCUCACGUUAUUUUAGCCAGCAACGGUUAUGUGAGGCUGACGGUCUAUGCUAAACGAGAAGCUGAUAGCUGAAUAUCUUUGAUAUCGCUAAUUCUUUGACUGUUUUGUUUAUUAUGCAAAAAGGUGGAUAUUUUCUAACGAUGAUUGCUUUAAUAUAUCAGUUUUUUAUUGAGUUUUUUUUUUAUUUCAUAAAUGAUUUUCAGUCUUUUAUAAGAUACUUGAAAUUUAUCUUGUUAUUUAAUAAAUUUUAAAUAUAUUCACUUGUUAUAACCUAUUGUCUCUAUAGUAAUAUUACACAUUUCGAACAAUAUGUGUAACUCUAAGCUAUUGUUUCGAUUUUUCAAUCUGGCGCGCCAAAUCAACCAAUGUUUGUUUAUUUGUAAAACAAAACUACCAAAAACCGGUAGGCUUUGAGAGUGUUUUACUUGAAAAUAUUUAGAAGUCAAGGUUAAAUUAAUUGCACAUUUUCGCCAGAAUAUCUGUUGUUGCUUAAGCUGUGAUCAAAAGUAUGUCAAGGCCCGGUCUAUUUAGGCAAACUGUUAAUAGCAUUCUGAGAAGCUUUAAGAUUGCCAAUCGGAAAGAAAUUUUGAUUGGCUCUGAUGAGUUUGGCAAUAAAUAUUUCGAAAAACCCACCAGUGGUGAUGCUCAAUUUAAGAGGGUUCGAAGGGUCGAAACAUUCGAUAAGGAUCAAUGGAGCGUUCCAAAAGUUCCAACAGAAUGGAUGGCCUGGUUGCAAAAUAAAAGAGAAAGUGCCCCAUCAGAUGAGGAAAUAUUAAAAAAUCAAAUAGAAUUAGCUAAGAGACUUAAGAGAUCAGAAAAUCUUCAAACAAUGCGUGGAGAGUCAAUCCAUCCAGAUAGUCUUACAAUGACAGAAAACCAAGGAGGUUUCCCUCAUAGAGAAGAAUAUGAGAUUAAUCCUGGUUCAUCAAGGACUGAAAAAACAUGAAGGGAUAAUAAAUAAUAUCUAAGCUUUAAUAAACAUAACUAUUAUAUUUUUUAUUAUACAAUAUUAUAUUUAAUAAUUUGUUUUUAAGUAUAAUUACUCAAAUUAAACUAAUCUAAAUCUCUUUGGUACGGACUGCUAAACCUAUUUCUGUCAAUUAACGGAGAUUUUCCUUAAAUCUCCCCUGUCAGCGUCAAUUGAUAAAAUCUUUAGAUGAUAGAUCAGAUUAUAAGCCUGAAUUAGGAUAUUUUAUUAAAAGACGAUGUCAAGAGUGAUUCGGAGCUAUUCUGAAGCUUAAAGAAAACAGAUUUUAACUAAGAAACAGCUUAAGAUUCUUUAUGCAUUGAUAGGCAGAGAUUUACUUUGUUAAAUAAAUGGUACUUAUAUUCGUUAUAAUAAUUAACGCAAAUUUAUAUUAAACUUUAACCGUUUAUAUUUGGGAAGAGGCUGGUUAACUGCUUGGUGGUUUAUCAUAAAAGGACGAAUAUAAAGUAUUAACAAUAAUCAUUGUUUCCAUUAUCAGAGUGCAAAUUGGUAUCAUAAACUACUAAACCGGAAUUUUAAAUCACUUCUAUUAAAGGAAUUCUUACAAUAAAUUGCUAUAAUUGUCAUAUUCGAUUAAGGGUCAUAAUGAAAUCUAGAUAUCAGUGGAUUGUGGAGAAGAAGAGCAAAAAGAGGGAACGCACUUUCUCUAUUCUGGCGAUUAAUAAUUAUCUAUUGUGAUAUAUUAAAUGCUUGUUGAUUGUUAAUGGUAGUAAUAACUAAUUUUUAAAAUUAUUUUUUAUAUGAAAUAUUAAAAUAGAUAAGGUGGAAUUGACUUCCAAACACGCUUAUUCUGUCCUUUUUUCACCUAUUACAUUGUACUCUCUUCUUUAAACAUAGGUUAAAAUAAUAUGUAACACAUUUUAAUGUGAUUUCUACUACGUGGGUACUGUCUUACUUUUUUUUCAAUAGUAUUAAAACUACAAUACAAACUACUACAAGUGUUUUCAAUAUUUAUUAUUUAAAGAGUUUGAGAACUACCUAAACUGUAUCAUGUUAUUUUUAAAUUGUAAUUGAAUAUAAGUAGUUUUAUACGAUUGGUUUUUGAAUAAG